CUGCGAUCCGGCAAGGCCUGCGGCAACAACUCAGCAACGACUCAAAAAACAGCUGCAUUUAACGCGAUUGAAUUUGCGAUUUGUGUCCUUUGUUUUAUGAGAUGAUAUGCCGACUCUGCCUGGAGGAUGCUGAGCACGGGGUGCCUAUUUUCGGCCAGGACCCGUCGGCGACGCAACCGGCCCUGUGCCAGCUGGCGGAGCUGAUCGAGCGACAUCUGCAGUUGGUGUUGGCAGCCAACGAUGCGGUGUCCACGUGUCUAUGCAACCGUUGCUGGCAGCAGCUGGCUGAGAUCGAUCACUUCUGCUCCAUGGUGGCCGACAAGCAGCGCUCGCUGCACCGCUCACUGCAGCUGAAAACGGAACUGCCGGAGCUGCCCGAGCUAGCGGAGCCAGAGCCCGCCCUGGUGGUAUGGAACACAGAGUCGCCAAUCGAGCCAAAACUUAGUUACGAGGGCGACGACAUCAAGGAUCACAUUUUGUGCGAACCGGUCAUCGACGCCCUGUCCGCGGGCGAUGAAAAGGACAGCGACUACGGUGACACCUUUGAGCCGGAUUUUGAGGCGGAAAUGCACCAAGAUGACGAGUCUGAGCCGGAACCGGUGAAGCCACGCCCUCGAGGAAGGCCGCGUAAAACGUCGCUGCAGCAGACGCACCAGAUCAUCAAGAGAAAGUACGAGAAGCGCAAGCAGCAGAACAAGUCCAAGAUCACAGAGUUGUCCUUAAGGGAGUCACGGGCUCGGCUAAGGGAGCUGAAGCGCAGUACCGCAGGCGCUGAAGAGGACCUUGAAGACGACGAAGACGAGGAUGAGGAACCAGAAGCUGAAACGACUCCAGACACCGACGAGCAGCCAAAGCCCCGUGGCAAACGCGGCCGACCAAAAACCAAAAAGCUGGUCACUGCCGACGACAAUGACGAUCCCUCGGAGGCGCCUGUCAAGCGAAGCAGCAUCAAGGAGAUGGACGACUAUAUUGCCGCCAAUGUUAAGUUAGACUGCGCCAUCUGCGCCGCUCCGCUAGAGGACUUCAACGAUCUCAAGCGCCACUUCCGCGUGGAGCACGACUGCACCGGCUAUGUGAAGUGCUGCAACAAUCGAUAUAAGAAGCGGACGCUAUACGUCGACCAUCUGCACUGCCACAAGGACCCGCAGUACUUCAGCUGUCAGAGCUGCCGCAAGAACUUCCUGAACCGCAACAGCCAGGUGAUGCACAUGCUGCGCUUCCACUCGCAGCAGCAGGAAUUGGUUCACCAGUGCGCCAUCUGCGAGGCUCGCUUCGCCAAGAAGUUCCUCCUGACCAUGCACCUCAAGGGACACAAGGGCACCGAGCGGCCCGAGGUGUGCGACACCUGCGGCAAGACAUUCCGCACGAAGUUCGAGCUGAGCGCCCACGUUAAGCGCAUGCACGCGGCCGACUUCACGCCCAUCAUCUGCGACAUUUGUGGGACACAUUUCAGAAGCAAGGCCAACUUCCUCAUCCACAAGAAGGCGCUGCAUCCGGAUGGGCCCGUGGCGGAGGUGCAGUGUACCCUGUGCGGCCGCUGGCUGCGGGACGAGCGGAGCCUGCGCAAGCAUCUGGCUCGCCAUGAUGACCGCGACGGCGACACCAAGUACCGAUGCCUGCUCUGCAAUGCAGAGAAGUCAUCCCGUGCCGCACUCAGCAGCCACAUGCGGUACCAUCACUCCGCCAAGCGGCACAAGUGUAGCCUCUGCGAAAAGGAGUUCAAGCUGCCGCGCGCCUUAGCCGAGCACAUGGCCACCCAUACGGGCAUUGACCUGUACCAGUGCCAGUUCUGCACGCGCACCUUUAAGUCGCACGCCAACAUGCACAACCACAAGAAAAAGAUGCACCCGAACGACUGGGUGCGGAAGUACUCUCAACCCAGCAGCAGCAUUACCUCUGCGGCAGUUCCAGUGGCGCCAGUCGCUCCUCCGCUUCCGCCGCCUCCUCCUCAAGUGGUUGCGCCCACCACUCUGGCCGGUCAUAUGCUGCCACCGCUGGGCGGGAUCGCCAAGUCCCUGAUCGAGAUACCCGACCCCGAGGGCUUCGACUUCGUAAGCAACAGCUCCGUGUGCCCCACGCCCGACUGAAUCUAUGUCUCUGUGUCUGCUACUUUGUGUGUCCGUUCCCUGGCUGGGAUUUAUGUAUAAAACCGUACAAAUAAACUGGAGUAAUUACUGUA